AUGAUUACUGCAGGAGAGCCCCAGGAAUUUAUUCCAUUAGGAAGAGACCACCUGAAAAUUCACCCUGGGGAUGUACACCUGCCAACUCAACAUGUUCCUACUACACCUGCAGCCAGUAGCCAAAAUCUCACCAGGGAUUUACUUAAAGCUCUGCGAGGAGUAUCAUUAAAAGAUCAAUCAAAGGAACAGUGGUUUUUGAGAGGAAAUCCUGAUGAUGACGGAGAGGAAGAAUUUUAUAAUGGUAAAACAGUUGUAUGGAGUAAAGGCAAUGGUCAUGGAGUUCGAAAAGUUCAUAAGUCAUUUACGGUGGAGAAUAUUAUACAACAGGUUUUAUGGACAGAAUUUAGAAUUCGUAGCUGCAAGCCAAGAAUAACUGAUGCUGUAAUAGAAAUGGAAGACCCUGAGCAUGAAGUGCUUUCUGGAGUUUGUAUGGAAGGUUCAACAUUAUCUGUAUUUUAGAGUGGUGAAGAUUUCAUUGUCUCCACUCCGUUUCAGGUUCUUAGGGCUUGGUCUUCUAAACAUGGAAUUAUAUUUGAACGCAAUACUACACCUGAUGGAAAUUUUAACCAGUCAAAAUUAAGCAAGCCAGACAAUUUGCCAGUAAUUUUUAGCAUGAUGCAUCCUCUUGAUGACAUUGCUCCUGUCAUAGGAAGAAAUAUUGUUUCAGGUUCAGUAAAACAAAUUAGCUAUUUCUGUGAUCCUUCAGAUGAAAUUGUAUUCUGUACGCCUUCACCUUCCCUUAUUAUGACAUACAACAAGGCUGGAUACCAUUCAGUAUGGAGAGUUCGUACAACAACAUUUCAGGAGGCAGAAUAUGCUUGUACAAAAUUAGAAAUGGAUUCAACUAACCAUACUCGAACGCCAGUAACAAAAGAAUCAUCUUUGUUAUCAAGUACAAUGGUCUCUCAUACUCCAACAAUGACCAUUAGCACUCCUUUUCACAGCUAUCCUUCCAGCCGCACAGCUUCUCCAUCUGUGAUACAGUCUCGUUCUUCAAAUACAUCAGCAUCUAGUCUUACACAUAUGGCUACUUUAAGCCGAUCUCAUCCCCCAUCUUUGAAUAGUAGUAUAACUCAUCCACAAAGUUUUACACCUCAUCGAGCUUUGAAUUUCCAAAUUCCUGCAUCACCUGGGAGUUGUAGUGGAGUCUGUAAAUUUAUGGAACCUUUAGCACCAGAUAUAUGCUUUGAUCACGAAUGGUCAGAGAGCAAGAGUUCAAGUCAUUCUGAAAAAGCUUCAAAAGCCUUUUUGUCAAUGGACAUAACAGGACAUAACUUCCUUUGCUACUUUCUGAAGCAACAACAAUCUUUACAGUUAGUAAAAUUUGAAGAAACAAAUGAUGACAGCCAAUGGAUCUUUGGAACAAUUAGUUACAUACCAGCACUUGAUGCUGAACCUAUCCCUGAUUUGAAUCUCAUUCUUACUGUGGAUGCUAACUAUACAUUAUCAUUAUAUACUGGUCUCACAAAGAUUUCUAAAGUUCAUGUUGCUGAUAUUUUUGGUCCAAACUGUGAUGUUCCACCUUCUCAAAAUUACAUUCCACCCACAUGUUUUGCAACCCCUAGAAGAAAUAGUCUUGUUUCUUCAACCCGACCCCCUAGUGCUCUUAGUACCAGAUUUGGAGAUGAAGUUCAAAUGUUAUCACCAGUACCUUCAGUUGCAGAAAAUCCUUCAUCUAAAACUGUUUUGAGUGAUGAAUUGUCAUUCCUUCAUGUGGGCCCUGUUAGAAGUGUUCGAGAUGCUGUCAAGAAUCGAGUGACAUUAGAAACAUCAGUAGGUUAUUAUAGGUUACAAAUACCUGAAGUUGCGACUUCAAAAAUUGUUUUGAAAUGCCUUCAAGCCUUAAAGCAUGUCUUGCCCAGGGAUAUCUAUACACAAGUGUUUGUGAAAUGGUAUUCUCAAAGGAAUGCUCCUGGUCCUUGCGAUAUGAAUUCAGAGCUGGAAUUGAAUUCCUUUCUAAUGUGCUUGCUAAACACCAUAGGUUUUGAUGUGGAAGGAAUUGUCCUUGGCAGUUUUAUGAAAGAAAAUACAGCAGCACCUCAAGUGAAAAAACAAAAGACGCAUGAAGGAGGGUGUGAUGAUGAUUGGUCGCAUGUAUUGUCAAGUAAUUUGCACAGGCAAAUGUUGGAUUUGAAACUCAUAAGUAGUAGUUGCAGCAAUGGGUCUGUUACUUCUGACAACUCUCCAAGUUUCAAUGUAUCUGCAGUUCUUUUCCCAUACAUAGCCCAUCUACUUUUUGCUCUUCAUUUAGUGUAUGAGGAUUGCAAAUUGGAUGUACUAUUGUGGAAUGAUCUUGCUCAGCUAUGCAGCUUUCUUUGUGAGUUAGCCAGAGAACUUAGAGAAUAUAGAUUUUUGGAUCUUUACUGGAAGGAUUUUCCAAAUCUCUUUUGUUCUUUAAGCAAGAAGCCUGCUCUACCUGAAG